AUGGGAAGGGCCAAUGACAGUUCCCUGGUAGGUUUCAUCCUUCUGGGCUUCUCUGACCACCCUCACCUGGAGGCUGUGCUCUUUGUAUUUGUCCUUGUCUUCUAUCUCCUGACCCUUGUGGGAAACCUCAUCAUCAUCAUCAUCUGGUACCUGGAUCCUCCUCUCCACACCCCCAUGUACUUUUUCCUCAGUAACCUCUCCUUCCUGGACCUUUGCUUCACCACUAGCCUUGCCCUUCAGACCCUAGUUAACCUGAGAGGACCAGAGAAGACCAUCACUUAUGGAGGGUGUGUGCUCCAACUCUAUAUCUCUUUAGCCCUGGGCUCUACAGAGUGUAUUCUCUUGGCUGUGAUGGCCUUAGAUCGCUAUGUUGCUGUCUGCAAACCCUUACACUACAUAGUCAUCAUGAACCUGCAGCUAUGUCAGCAGCUAGCAUCCAUCUCCUGGCUGAGUGGUUUGGCCAAUUCUUUGAUCCAUGCUACCUUCACCUUGCAGCCACCUCUCUGUGGCAACCACAGGCUGGAUCAUUUUAUUUGUGAAGUGCCAGCCCUCCUCAAAUUGGCUUGUGUGGACACCACCAUCAAUGAAUUGGUGCUUUUUGUCAUUAGUGUCCUGUUCCUCCUAAUCCCCCCAGCACUCAUUCUUAUCUCCUAUGGCUUCAUAACACAGGCUGUGUUGAGGAUCAAAUCAAUGGUCGCCAGGCAAAAAGCAUGCAACACCUGCUCCUCCCACCUCAUUGUGGUGAUCAUUUUUUAUGGCACCAUCAUCUACAUGUAUCUCCAGCCGAGGGACAGUUAUACCCAGGACCGAGGCAAGUUUAUCUCCCUUUUCUACACUAUGGUGACUCCCACCUUAAAUCCUAUCAUCUACACUUUAAGGAACAAGGAUGUGAAGGAGGCUUUGAAGAAACUGAUCUCAGGAAAACUGUGCUCUUUCCAGAUGUGA